AUGGCUGACGAUGUCGUUAAUGGUAUGGAGAACAUGAAGUUGACUACGAAAGAGGAGGAGGUGAUUUCCAUCUCUGACGAAGGACGUUUGGAAGCCAUUGAAGACUGUACUCUCAGUUUGAUGGGUAGGUUUUUGACGUGCAAAUCUUUUAAUAAGCAAGCCACAAAGAAUACUAUGAGACGGGCUUGGGGUUUAGAGGACAAUCUACAUAUCACAGAGGUAGGGCCAAAUCUUUUUCAGUUUAAAUUCACAUCUGAAUUUGAUCUGAAUAGAGUCUUAAGAGGUGGCUCGUGGACUUUUGAUAAUCAAUUAUUAUUGCUUAAGUGUUGGAGGAGAGGCAUGACUGUUGAGAAUAUAAGCAUGGAGAUGGCAUCUCUUUGGGUUCAGAUCUGGGGGGCGCCGCUAGACAUGUUUACAUCACAGGUUGCUAAGGAGGUGGGGAGUAGACUUGGGGCUGUUGAGGAAGUUGAGCAGAGAAGAGGGCAGGACAAGUUGCACUACUUCAUGAGGGUUAGAGUGGUGUUACCUAUCUCGAAGCCCAUUCGCAGAGGAAGCUUUAUUGCGGGUUCUGAUGGAGAAAAACACUAG